CGAAUGACAUGUUUGUGAAACUUUUUUAGCUUUUGUGAUUUUUAAAUAAGCCGGUUGCAGCAAGCUGACAACAUUCUACUAGCAGGAAAGAAAGUGAUUGGCGAGCAUUACGGUCUGCUUGCCGGUUACGAGAUAUAACGAUUUUUUCCCGAGACAAAUACGUGCAAAUUUGUUUUCAAUUCUAUAUAUUUAAGCGUUAACAAAUAUUUUUAUUAACUACUUUAUAAUGAAGAAAAUUCGACAAAUCUUUAAAGACGUUAAAUUGUCUCGAUUGUUUCUGGAUUUAACUCUUUUAUCAGUGAAAAUAAGUCUAGCGAUGUUAAGCGCCACUUUAAAAAUGGUCAUGCCUCGUUUCAUGAAACAAUUACUAGGUGAAACUGUUUUAAUCACUGGUGCUGGCCACGGUAUUGGUCGUGAAUUAGCUAUUCAAUUAUCCUCAAUGGGUUGCACAAUUAUCUGUUGGGAUAACGAUGUUGAGAGCAAUCGAUCAACAAUGAGAGAAGUGUCGAAAAAUGGAGGAGAGGUUUACGGUUUUAUGGUCGAUGUUUCGAAAAGAUUAGAAGUGCGAGAGACAAUGAAAUUGAUGAGUAAACUCGGUGUGCCGGAUGUGACAAUACUCAUCAAUAACGCAGCUGUCUUGUAUCAUAAGCCAUAUCUAAAUUAUAUUCCCGACGACAUUGAAAAUACGUUUAAUAUCAACGUGUUCUCAAAUUUCUGGACGAUAGAAGCAUUUCUACCAAUGAUGCUUCAGAAAGGUAGUGGUCACAUAGUAGCGAUGAGUAGUAUGUGCGGGUUUUACGGGGUAUCGCAAAAAGUGGCAUAUUGUUCAUCAAAAUUUGCCGUGAGAGGUCUUAUGGAGGCUCUCCGAGAAGAAGUACGAUUAGAUGAAAGGAAACCCAACAUUUUCUUCACAACUAUUUAUCCAUUCUAUGUCGAUACAGGUUUAGCGAGGGAUCCUAAAUACAGAUUUCCUUACAUCUUCGGCGUGGUGACGCCGGAAUACGCAGCUCGAGAAGUGAUUACAGCGAUUCGACGAAAUUACACGGACUACUCUAUACCGCGAUGUCUUCUUUUUCUGAACGCAAUUAAUAGGAUCGUUCCCGAGAGCGUAAUGCGGUUGAUAUUGGAUUUCUUAGCAGAUGUUGAUCGAAAACAGAAGGAAAAAGAUAUAACGAAGUUGUAAAGUUAGGAGAUUAGAAAAAAUUACACAAUAGAUUAUGGAAGGCUUA